CGGGUUGCAGUACUCUAGUGUGAAUUAAUCGACGAUCUACCGAAAAACUUGCUUCACUCUUGAAGCUGUAGCGAAAGACAUAAUUCUUCACAUCGAUUUCAUACUAUAUUUGCUAUCAAACACUUUAUGUAUGUAUACUCGAAACUUUUCUGAAUGUGUUUAGCAUAUAAUGUGUAGAUUCUUGAAAAAAAAUGAUUCGUGAUCCUUGUUCGACUUGUGACUACAUCUAUGACACUUAGUAGGAAAGGUACUGCACGAAGCCAUUUUUUUUGAUAUAGUUGAAAAUAUACCAGAUUGUAUUCCUGAAUUGUUUAUGAAAGUACCUAUCAGCACUUUACUUUUAUAAUAGUAAUGUUUAAUAGAAAAAAAUUAUAUUUAACAAUUUAAUCUGAUUCAUCGAGUUCUAUUUCAAGUUCCUCUGAAAUUCGUUCCAUAUUCCAUUCCAUACUUCGUAGUUUAUAAUGCAAGGAAGUCAAACAUUUUUUGUAAAUAGUUAAUGCUUGCUAACAGUAAUUAAGUGCCAACAUAUGUUUAUGAAGACUUUCGUAAAUCUGACCUAUGGUCGAUAAACUAUUGCCAAUAUCCACAUGAUCUGGGUGAAAGCAUUUUGAGACGCGUCAAGAAACAAUUCUGUUCAUACAAGAGAGAGUGAUCAUCUUGAUUUCUGCUUCUUUGCACAGAGUUGGAAAAAAUAUUUUGAUAGGGGGGUACCGCUAUAUUCUGAAAUAGAGUUAAUAAUGAAUUUCAUACCAAAUGAAAGCCCGUCAAAAAUGGGGUUUAUUGGUACUAAACAAUAAGGGUUAUGGAAACUUUCGUAUAUUGAAACUGUCGAAGUUUAAAGAAUUUUGCAUAAUGCAAUCAUUAUAAUUCAUUUUUAGCGGGUUGUAAGACAAAGAAAAAAGGAAAUAUUCUUUGGAAAAAUUGAAAAGAGCAUCCCUCUGGGGAUCAUAAGACCUAUCUAUGAUUCAGAAGAUGCAAUUUUCCUUUUGCGUUCUGUCGUCUAUUACUUGUGAUGACGGUGAAGAAAAAGAUUCUUUUAUUUUCCUUGUCUUAGAAAGUUAGAGAACAGAAAAGUUGGAGAAGCUGAUGAGAUCACAUAUAAGGUCAUUUUCUAAUCAAUAUCUUUCAUAAAAAAUCUAUCCUUUUGGUGCAUCAAUUAAAUCUAAUCAUUCUAAAAUGGCUGGUACUUGUGAUACUGAAGAGCAGAGAAUUAUUGAUGGAAUCAAAUGCAUUGCUUUUCGUGAAGCUAGAGAUGCUACUGCAACAUUUACUAAUCGCCAUUGGGUUGCGAACAAAGUUCAUCGUUCAGUUCAAUUUGUCACAGAUUAGUGGGAAAAACCAUAUGACCAAUGUUUUGCUGAUUAUUCAAAUGCCGGUCGAAAACUUAAAUUAUCACAAGCAAGUCAAGACAUCAUUCUUAAAGACAGUGGUUGACAAAGAAAAAGUUGUUCCGUUGUGGCGAAGGAGAUUGCCGAAAAGCAAAAAGAAUAUGUCACUCGAAGAACAAUUAAUAAUUACCGUCACAGAGAAGGAUUAAAACCAUUUCAUGUUAUUCGAAAACCGCUAAAAUCUGAAACUCACAUAUCAGAUCGAUUAUGGCUGUGCGAUUGGUUAAAAGAUUGGACUGAAGAAGAUUUUCUUCAUCUGGCACCAUCUGAUGAAUUUUACGUGUGAGUCGUUCGUCGACCAAAUUAUCAGAACGAUCGAAUUUGGGCAAAAAGCGUCGAUGAUAUCGAAGAAGACGAACGUUAUCGUGAAAUGAUUAAAAGUCAACUAUGCAUUGGAAUUUUUGUGAUAUUUACCGCUAAAAGGUUACAUUGGGUGAUUAAAGAUAAAGAUGAAUCUUGGACUGGUCAAUAUUUUCGUGAUAUAAUUUUGACUGAACACGUCUUUCCAUUCUUAAAAAAAUGAAGAAAAUGUUAUUCAUCCCGAUGAAGUUAUAUUUAUCCAUGACAAAGCACCAUGUAUGCGAGCAUAUCAGACCCAACAUUUGCUUCAAGACAAUGAUGUUAAAUUUUGGGGUAAUGAUAUUUGGUCAGGAAAUUCACCCGAUCUCAAUGUGACAGAACAUAGUGGAACAAUAAUCAAGGAUGAAGUUGAAAAAAAGAUGUUAUCAGAACCUGGACUUUCUCGUUAUCUUGAAGAAACACUCAAAACGCACAUUUUAGAUGUUUUGAAAAACAUGGAAACCGACAAUGAUUUAUUUGAAACUCUCUUAUGCUCGUAUCCAUCUCGACUACGUGCAGUAAAGAACGCUAAUGGUCGUCACAGUGACUAUUGA